GGAGCCUCAGUUUUCCUCCCCGUAGAAUGGUUAGGUUAAAUGUGAAAGGUAAAGAUUAAAUGUAAUAAAUACAUGGAGUGCAUUCUCUCGGCCAUAAUUACAGCACACUGAAUGUCCUGAGCUCACUAAAGGGGAACCAUUAAUAUAGCCUAGGUUCAAGAUCCCCACCUGCCUUAGACUAAACUGACUUCCACACUGGAUAGCUGGGCAUGUGUUAUACAAAGUGCUGAGGUCCCAGAAAACUUCAGUGUUAUUGUUCAUAGAUUCCAAAGAAAUAACCUGGAGGACUGGCUGUGAAAGACAUGGGUUUAUUAGGACUUACAUGCGCACCUGUGGUGGUCAACCAGUGAAGAUGAUUGCUAAGUUCCAUCAGCCUGUGCACGGGUAGCACCAGGGGCGGCUGGCUGGUGCUUUAUAGAGUACAGAAAAAUGGAGGGGGAUGUGCCUAUCUGAGAUCAAAACACUAGCUGUUUACAAUUCAGGCUCACAUCUAAAAAAGCUUCUCUUGGGCUGUUCUUAGCCUGAGUUGCUGGCCAGGUUCCCAAGGUCUCACAGUCCGCUUACAGAUGGCCUUCACUAUAUUUCCCAGGGUGGCAGGGGGAGUUGGAACAUGGGGAGGGGCCCAUAUUCCCAUUUGCCAUAUGGCAAGUUAGACAUUUUUGUAGAAAGUUUGGCCCAGCACCAGGCCUGAGGGAGAUCGGUAAGAUAGCCUCAAUUACUAAGGCAAGUGAGAAACUGCUGGGCUCUGGAGAGGGGCAAACCUCAGAAUAAAAUGUGGCAACCUCAGUAUGGCCCAGGAUCACCUGCACCAACCUGGGGAAAUGCAGACACAUCCGACACGAACUCAAAUGUGUGCACUUCAGUGAGGGGAAACAGUAUAAACAAGGAAGCAGUGACAUGUCCCGUAGAGAGACAGCGGGAGGGGAGAGGACACGGGGAGAUGGUCGCGAUCUCACAGUAGGUGCCCUGGGAAGAUAAUGCUUGAACAAAGCGUGGAUACGAGGAGCCUGGCGGAGGAAGGUACGAGUGUUGUGCUGUCACUGCCUGGCUCAAAGGCUCCCAGGUGCUGUUUUUAUCGGUAUGAUUCACUUCCGUUCCACGAAGCCCCUGCAGUGUAACCGCAUGUUUCUAGCUGCGGAAGGAGAGAGGCGUUCGAGUCGCCGCCCCAGACAACCCGGAAAAGGGCUUUGCUUUUCUAAUCGGUGCGGUGUCACCCCGGGGCGCGGUUUUCAAACCAGAGCCGGCUGGCCUGCGUCGACACCACCGAGGUGCAGGAACCGCCCUGACCGGUUUGGUUCAGUGGAUGGAGCGUCGGCCUGCGGACUGAAGGGUCCCAGGUUCGAUUCUGAUCAAGGGCAUGUACCUUGGUUGCGGGCACAUCCCCAGUAGGGGGUGUGCAGGAGGCAGCUGAUUGAUGUUUCUCUCCCAUCGAUGUUUCUAUUCCUCUCCCUUCCUCUGUAAAAAAAUCAAUAGAAUAUAUUUUAAAAAUAAAAAUAAAAAUAAAAAACGCAGGAACCAGAAGUCUGCAUGUUCCAGGCCUACGCAGCUCCAGAGCGAGACCCCCGGGCAGGAGGGGGCGAGGAGCGUGUCAGCAUCCAGCCAGUUUCACGAGUGCCGCUCACUUCCGGCCUGCGCCUUGACGUCAUCAGGCAGAGCCGAAAGUGCCCUCGCGCUGCCUAGGAGACAGGACGCGGGGGCCUGCGGCUGACAGGGCACAACCGGCCGCGCCCACUCGGUCGCCAUGGAGCUGCCCCCAGGGCCGCGCGACCAUCCCAACGCCUGGGACGAUGACUCGGACCCGGAGCCGGAGCCUGACCCAGACGCGCAGGCCGAGGCUUACGUGGCCCGCGUGCUCAGCCCACCGAAACUCGGACUGGCGCCCCCGCGCGCACCUCCGCUGUCCGCGUCCGCCCGGUCCCCGGGCGCCCUGGAGCCGCGGGCCGCGUCCAAGAGCCGCGCCGUGGGGGUCCCGGGCCUGCUGAGCCUGCCCCCGGAGCUGCUGCUCGAGAUUUGCGCCUACCUGGACGCGCGCCUCGUGCUCCACGUCCUGCCGCGCGUGUGCCACGCGCUGCGCGACCUUGUGCGUGACCAUGUCACCUGGAGGAUCCGCGCGCAGCGCCGCGUACGCGCACCCUAUCCAGUGGUGGAAGAGGAGGACUUUGACUGGCCGGCGGCCUGCAUUGAGCUGGAGCAGCACCUGUCACGCUGGGCGGAGGAUGGGCGCUGGGCCGAGUACUUCUGCCUGGCUGAUGGGCACUUUGCUUCCAUUGACUCAGUGCUGCUGUUCCAGGGUGGGACACUCUGUCUGUCCGGCUCCCGAGACCGCAAUGUCAACCUGUGGGACCUGCGGCAGCUUGGGGUAGAACCCAGCCGGGUUCUGGUCAAGGCCCUUGGCACCCAGAGCAGCACCCACAAGGGUUGGGUGUGGUCGCUGGCAGCGCUGGACCACCGAGUGUGCUCCGGUUCCUGGGACAGCACGGUGAAGCUCUGGGACAUGGCAGCUGACGGGCAGCAGUUUGGCGAGAUAAAGGGCAAGGCAGCUGUGCUGUGCCUUUCCUACCAGCCUGACAUCCUGGUGACCGGCACCUACGACAAGAAGGUGACAGUCUACGACCCCAGAGUCGGCCCAGCCCUGCUGAAGAGCCGGCGGCUGCACUCCAGCGCGGUGCUGGCGUUGCUGGCGGAUGACCGGCACAUCAUCUCAGGCAGUGAGGACCACACGCUCGUUGUGUUCGACCGCCGGGCCAACAGUGUCCUGCAGCGGCUUCAGCUGGACUCCUAUCUGCUCUGCAUGUCCUACCAAGAGCCCCAGCUCUGGGCUGGUGACAACCAGGGUCUGCUGCACGUCUUCGCCAACCGGGACGGCUGCUUCCAACUUGUCCGGUCCUUUGAUGUGGGCCACAGGUCUCAGAUCACAGGGAUCAAACACUCGCUGGGGGCCUUGUACACCACGUCCACUGACAAGACCAUCCGGGUACACGUGCCCACAGACCCACCACGGACCAUCUGCACCCGAAGCCACGACAACGUGCUGAAUGGGAUCUGUGCUGAGGGCAACCUGGUGGUGGCCGCCUCUGGGGGCCUGUCACUGGAAGUCUGGAGGCUCCAGGCCUGAGCAGGCAGACAUGGAUAUGGAUGUGGAUCUGCUGGCUGGCAGGCUGGAUCAAGGCCUCUGUUCUCGGGGGGGCCCUCCCCUUUUCUGGUGCUGCCCUGGGCUCAGGCCUGGGGCACAAGGACUCCAGGCCACUGUUGGGCAGGGUCCCUGGUCUGUGCUCCAUGUUCCAGGCCACCCUCAGGUCCUGUUUACAAUUGGACGCCUGCUUUCCCUUGAGAGCGAAGGGGAAAUAAACCUGAUGUACUGGU